AUGGUUAAAGUCGCCGUAGCUGGUGCCUCUGGCAAUCUCGCUCUCCAAGUCGCCAAGAAGCUUAGCGAGUCUGGUAAACAUGAGAUCAUCGGUCUGAUACGAAAGGAUCCAGCGUCAGCGUCUCUGCCAGCCGUACCUGGCCUCAAAUGGACUCAGGCGAACUAUCAAGACAAGUCCGAUUUGGUCAAGAUUUUGACAGGCGUCCACACUGUUUUGUCGUUCAUUGUUGACCCAGUCACGGACCCCAAUGGCGAAAUCCAAAAGCGUCUGAUCGACGCCUCGAUCGAAGCUGGUGUCAAGCGCUACGCUCCCAGCGAAUGGGCACUUGGUCAGAAUCUCGAAGAAGUCGUCGAGUUCAUGCCGUUCUACCGCGACAAACUGGCGGUUCGAGAAUACCUACAGAAGAUCAACAAGACCGAAAAGGUGAUCGAAUACAGUUUAUUUCAAUCCGGGUUCUUCACCCACUUUCUCGGCGCCCCAUUGAUCAACAUCAAAGAAGCACGGGCUGUCAUCAUCGAAGGCUCAGAAAACUCCGAAAUAACCUGGACUACCACCGAGGACAUCGCGGAAGUUGUCGCCCACGCUGUCGAAUACGACGGCGAAUGGCCUACGGUUGGAGGCAUCAGUGGUCAGAAGACCACGGUUUCGGAGUUCCUGCGCUUGGCGGAGAAAGCUGCAGGACGGCCAUUGGACAUUCACAAAGUCAAGGAGGAGGACCUCAAAUCUGGCAAAUUGGAUGAAAGUUGCUUCGAGCGCAUCCCUUUUCCUGGAUUGUCCGAAGAAGAGAUUGUCCAGUUCUCAAAGGUCGUGGCUAUUGCUAUGCUGAUUUCCAUGGCUCGCGGUACCUGGGCGGUGUCCGAUGAGUGGAACCAGAUCUUUCCUAAUUGGAAGCCAACCGGAGUUGAGGAGUACAUGCAGAAGGUUUUUGAGUUGAGUGGCCUUAUGGCCUGGCUGGGACUUUGGGCUACCGGCACUCAAGCACAGGCUCGCCGCGAGAAGGACCUUGUCCGUCAACCUGAAGGAAACAAUUUGCUCUGGGAAAUCGGCAAGUACUACACCGCCGAAAUGUGCGAAAUCUACAUGGAAACCAAGGAUGGCGGAAACUGUCAGGCACAAGUCACCUGCAAGAAAGGCGGCACCAUCAAGUGCCCCUACUUCCCCAACAUCAACGGCGCCGCGAACUGCUUCCCCGGCGGGCGCACGACCUGCAACGACCCGCGCAUCGGCGAGUUCACCAUCAUCUGGACGAAGAAGGACGGCACCGAGGGCCAGGGCCUGACGGACCCGGUGAUCGAGAUCAAGAACAUGCCGAACAAGCUCAUCAACGUCUCGCCCCUCGCGCAUGAGCACUACGACGCCGAGUGGUGCAGCGGGACGCCUCACCGGACCAACUGCGACCCGGGCCCGUUCGUGUGCCGCUGGCUCCUCCAGCCCACGACCGGGUUCCUGUACUACGACAACGUGAGGCUGAAGCGUUGGUCCUGCGGCGUCCCGAGGGACGGCAAGACGUGGCCGAAGGGCAUGUCGUGGGAUAAGCUGGCGCCCGGAAGCGGGUGGGAGCCUGCGAAGGGGUUCCAGGGCCCGGGCAAGACCCCGUGGCUCGGCAUCUACCAACCGGGGCGGUGCGAGAAGGACAUCUAUUGCAAGCACUGGAGGGACAAUAACGGUAAAUCCAAGGUGCCGACGCCGAAUUAUCCGACCGCUGCCCCCCAACCUUGA